AAUCAUGAUGAGUGUAGAAGGGGACGACAAGCGAACCCGCACUCGGUCCAAAGGAAUCAGAGUUCCUAUUGAGCUUGUAGGACAAGAGCCGAGCUGCCCCACCCCUGGAUGCAAUGGCACUGGCCAUAUCAGUGGGAGAUACUCACGACACAGAAGCAUUCUGGGAUGUCCCAUAGCCAGGAAGCGUCGUCUAGAGGAGGCCGAGCAGGAGCAGGACGCAGAGCUGCCCCCCCCAAAGAGGAGGUCCAACCCCCUGAAACUGGCCCUGGACGAGGGCUUCAGCGCAGAGAGCGACGGCAGCAGCGAGGGGGAGGGAGAGAAGGAUGGAGAGAGAGGAGCAGAGACCAAGGAGGUGGAGGAGGCGGAGGAGGAGGAGGAAGAGGCAGCUGUAGAAGGGGACGAAGAGAAAGAGGACAUGAAGCAGAACGGACAGACACACGGACAGGAGGAGGAAGAGACACAGAUGGAGCAGGAAGAGGAGAGGGAAGAAGAGAAGGAGGAGAACACACCUGCCGCUGAUGCAGGAUUUGUUGACUGA